CUUACUGGGAGCAUCUACAUCCUCUAUCCUCGCCGACGCGUAGGGCUUCCGCCCGGACCACCAUCGAGAUGGCUGUUGGGUACGAAGAUGCCUAGUGGUGUAUUAUCGUGGGUCGCGUUCGCGGCCUGGACGGAGCAGUACGGGUCGCUGUUCACGCUCGGUCUGGGCAUGGGCGAACGUCUGAUUGUUGUUGGAACGUAUAAGGCUGCCAUCGAGCUCCUCGAAAGACAUGCUCCCGCUUUCGCCGACCGUCCGCGAGCUAUUGCGGCGGGAGAAGUCCUCUCUGGUGGGAUGCGGACGCUCCUGAUCCCCAAAGGCGAGCGCAUAAAGAAGCUGAGAAGAGCCCUUCUCAUGAGCCUCCAGCCCUCCGCGUCGGCGAUACACAAGCCCGUACAGCUCAAAGCUACCCGCAUCGCACUUCUCGACGUCCUGAACAAACCAGAAGCCUUCGUCGACCAUUACAGGAAAUACGCCGCCAGCCUCAUCAUGCACAUCACCUACGGGAAAUGCUCGCCCACCACACCCUCGGAUCCCGACGUGCUCGCCGUCAACGCUUGCCUCGGCAACGUCUCGCGCGCGAUGAUGCCGGGCGCGUACGCCGUCGAUGCGCUGACGGGGCUCCCGGAUUGGGGGGUUCAGGUCUUGCGGGGCGAGGUGGCGGGGUUGGGGUGGUUUAUGAGGGCAGGGACGAGGUUACUGUUGAGGUUGGGGUAUAUGGAGGAGUUGAGGAAGGGGCACGAGUUUGAGCUUGGGCUAUUCAGAGGUAAACUGAGGGAGGUUCAGAAGGCGAUGGAAGCAGGCCGCGCGAGGAUAUGCUUUGCGACUCAGGUCUUGCAGGCACAGGAAAGCCUCGGCCUCUCCUUCGACGAGUGCGCAUAUCUGUGUGGCAGUCAGUUCGGUGCGGGGUCUGACACGAGCGCCUCAUAUAUCAUCGUUGCCAUAAUGGCCGCCGCGUUACAUCCGGAGACGCUGAAGCGCGCACAAGCAGAGCUGGACGCUGUGGUGGGGAGGGGACGGGCUCCCUCAUUUGAAGAUCAGCCGAACCUCCCGUACGUCGCUGCAUUCAUGGAGGAGGUCGGGCGCUGGCGGCCGGUGACUGCCGGUGGUGUGCAGCAUAGGGCGACGGAAGAUGUGGUUUAUGACGGCUACGUGAUACCAAAGGGGUCGCGCGUAUUGGGGAACCACUGGUCUAUCCACCACGACCCAGAAGUCUUCCCCGAUCCCGAGUGCUUCCGUCCCGAGCGUUGGUUGACGGACGAUGGGAAGCUACGAUCAGAUAUUCGCAUAUUCACGUUUGGGUUCGGCAGACGCUCCUGCCCCGGCAACCACGUCGCUGAGCGCUCCGUCUUCAUCAACCUCGCGCACAUCUUCUGGGCGCUGGACAUCGCAGAGGACCCCGCGGCGCUGAUCGACAGCAUGGCCUUCGAGCACAUCGCGAAUACGCGCCCGAAGCCGUUCCAGCCGAUCAUACGGCCGCGGGAGGAGCUGAGUGCGGCGAGUAUCCGGGAUGUGCUGCUGAGGGAGGAUCCGACGUUGGAGGAAGGGUGGUUGGCGGUAUGAAGGAUUUAGACGAAGGGAUUGAGGGCUGCGAGGCCCCGUGUUUUGAGGGAGACCAGAGUGUCAAUUGCAUCGUUUGGUCAAUAGAUUUAAGGGACGGAAGC